AGAGUCACCCCUCUCCCCCCCUUCCAUCCCGCUCAUAACUGCUGUAUAUGUGACAUGCCGUGGUGUCCGCUGACUAAAUACUUUUGGCCUAGGCUGUUCUGCUUCCAUCCUGCUCUUACUUCCAUGGUCGUCUUCUUCCCACGAGGCAUCCAUUUUCAUCCAUUUUCGUGUUUGUUGCAGUUUAUUGUCAGCUCUCCCUAACUCCCCGCUGUGGAUCCUCAUCUGAUGUCCUCGAGUUCUCGCGAUAAUCAGGGAUAGCUGCAAGCUAGCGGUUGAGCGUAGCCUGCCUGAAACUUAGCUGGAUCUUCCCUGGGCAUAUUUUUUCCAAAUGCGCUCGUGCUAGCCUCGUUCCUUGCCUGGUCUCGGCCCUAAUCUUCCAAUGGCUCCGCGGAAAGGCAAGAAGGGCCGAUCUGGCAAGGCCGGCAAUAGCCACAACGCUUCCAGCAGCAGCAGCAGCAGCAGCAACAGCAAUAGCAACAGCAAUAUCGGCAACAGCAAGCACAAGCCAUCCGCCUCUUCAAACCCGCAAUUAUAUGCGGAAAUCCCGCAGAACCAGCCAGGUGUCAGUGACCACUUGGACCAGAACGGAACGCCUCAGCUGGGUUCGCGUGGCCCGUCUCUGCCGCCUCUACGGAAGGGUCUGAGCGGAAGCGCCAGCUUGAGUGAGUCUGGAGGAUCAAGCGGAUCCGGAGGAUCCGGAGGAUCCGGAGGGUCUGGAGGUUCUGGCGACAUCGGUUUGUCGCGGGGAGCACCAUCAGGCCAUUUAAAGCCUGCAAGCCAGCCAGCGCUUUCGGCGCAAUCAGGUCUUUCGAGCCAGUCGGUCUUGUUAGGCCAGCCCGGCAGCCAAUCAGGGCCUUCAGGCUCCUCUUCCAGCGGUCCUUCCGGGAGCCAUGGCGUGGGAAGAAACGCCCUUGCUCCUGCUGUAGCGCCACCUGUAGCGCCAGCUGCGGCACCAGCAGUAGCAGGUCGGGUCCCCGUUACAGGACAUGCGCCUGAAGCUUCGUUAGUAGCAGCGGCAGCUGAGGAUGCGGAGAGGGUUAGGGCGGAGGAUGCGGACAGAGCGAGUCACCGCAACAAGCGCAAGUUCCGCCUGGACGCGCCUUCCGCCCAGGUGAAUCCCCCCGCCGCUGCGCCGUUAGCGUGUCCGCCAGUGGCGGAAGCGGACGGCGGUCAUGCGCGACAGGAUGUAGCACUGGUGGGGUCGCAGAUGGGGUCGCAGGUGGGACAGAAGCAGCAGCAGUCGCAGCAGACGCAGCAGCAUGGCUCGGCUUCCGCGCAUAUGGCGCGGAUGCAGAUGACUUUCCGCGAGACCGCGGAAACAGGGGGGGCGUACGGUGCAGGGGGUUUGUCAGGUAACCGUGUUACCACUCGGGGGAAUGGUCUCCGCCGCUGGGGGUCGCAGGGGGAGGAAGGGCUGCGGGGAUUCGACGAGGAGGGGGAUGUGGUGUCUUGUACCGAAGAUGCUUGUGACGGAUCGUGCGUGGGGGGGAUUAUCCACGUGGAGGAUGAGUUUUAUGACGAUGAGGGGGAUUAUGACGACGGUGAUGACGUGGACACUGUAGAUGCGCAGGAGGAUUAUGACGAGGACGAUGACGUGGAUAUAACGGCGGAUGAUGAGGUGGAGAGCGAGUUCGAUGACGCGGAUGACGUGGGAGAGGAGAGCGAUUUGUCCCAGGUCGAUCCGAAUCAUCAUCAUCGUCAUCCUCAGCAGCAGCAGCAGCAGCAGCAGCAGCAGCAGCAGCAUCACCAGUCCCAUCAGGAAGGGGAGCAUCAGCAUCUGCAUCAUUAUCACCAGCAGCAGCAACAGCAGCAGCAGUUGCAGCAGUAUCAACAGCAGUACCAGCAGCAGCAGCAACCGCAGCAGCAACCGCAGCAGCAGCAGCAGCAAGGCUUGCAGCCACAGAGGUAUAACGACCCGCAAUUUCAGCUCGAUCAGACGCAGGGUGCCGCUAGCGCGUCUGCUGCAGUAGAUGAUGCAGCAGGUGCUGCACACCAGGCCAGUUCCGACUCUCCUGUAGAUUACAUAUGGGACGACUCAACCGAAUUUCGCUUAGAGGAGCUUCUCUUAGAGAAGCUCGAUUCGCUCCAUAGCGAAGCAGUGGUCAAGGUCGCUAGCUUCGGCUACACUGACGAGGCGGCUCGGCAGGCCGUCGACAGGUUCGGCAGCUGCUUCGGCGAGAAGGACGCCCUAACCAACAUCGUAUCCAACGCUCUCCUCUUCGGCAGAGGCCCGGAAAUCACGGCCAUGGCCGCUGGCAGGACUGGUAGAGGCUCGGGAAGCCGAACCCACACCUCCAGCUUCGGCACUGGUAGCAGCUUCGGGACCCGCCAUGCCUCCGGGUCAGGCACGGGCCAGGCCUCGGGGGGGAGUCCGAGCCUGGGGUUUUCAACUCGGAGGGAGCUUCAGCAGGAUGGGCUGUCGCGGAUGCUGUGCGCGUUACAGGCGGUGUGGGGCCCCCAGAUGAGCCGGGGGGAUGCCAUGUGGUGCUUGCUCAUGAGUGAUCUAGACCUUAGGAAGGCCUGGGGAGGGGGAGGAGCAGGGGCAGGGGGGGAGGGAGCGGGAGCAGGGGCAGGGGGAGGGGAAAAGGGAAUGGGAGGGGGAGGAGGGGGUGUGGCAGGGAUAGGGGUAGGCGGCGGGGGAGGAGUGGCAGGGGGGAGUGUAGGAGUGGCAUGCGAAGGAGGGAAUGCUGGUGGCGGUGCUGCUGCUGCUGGUGCUGGUGGUGCUGCUGCUGGUGGUGCUGGUGGUGCUGCUGCUGGUGGUGCUGCUGGUGCUAAGGCUGCUGUUGCUUCAACUCAGCUUUCUUUGAAAGCAUCCGCAGGUGCGGCUGCAGCGUCGGCACGAGGAGCAGGAGGAGCAGGAGGAGCAGGAGGAACAGGAGGAGGAGGAGCAGGAGGAGCAGGACAGUUAGCAGUGGCAGGAGGAGAAGCGGCAGCAGCAUCAGCAGCAGAGGGCGGUGGGGCAGCGCCUGAGGCAGCACACACGCCUGUGGUGCCAGUGUCUGCCGCACCAUCGAAGCCGCUCUCUCAAUCGCGCGGCAAGCAGGCGCUGCGUGCAUCGCUGCAGCCGCAACCACCACCCUCCUCUAACACUGCUGCUGCUGCUGCUGCUGCUGCUGCUGCUGCUCCUGUGUGCACUGCUGUUCCGUCUGGCGUAUCUGCCGCUGCCGCUGUGGCUGCGGCUGUGGUGUGCAGUGCCCCUUACCCUCCACCCAGUGCGCCUGCUGCAGCUGCAGUCAACGCUUCUGCUGACGCGGGCGCGUCUGGUGCAGGUGCAGCCGGGGCAGGUGUACCUGGGGCCGGUGCAACUGGAGCCAAGGAGGUAGGGAAAGGAGGAGGUGGGAAGAGGAAGGGAGCCAAGAAAAGCAAAGGUGGAAAGAGCGGAGGGACAGGCGCAGCAGCAGCAACAGCAGCAGCAGCAGGAGGGGGAGGAGGAGCAGGAGUGGGAGGAGCAGCAGGGGGAGGCGGAGGGGCAGACGGGGUAUCGGAUGCAGGUGCCAGCAGCAGUGGCGCCGGCAGCACCAGCACCAGCACCAGCACCAGCACCAGCACCAGCACAAGCACCAGCACAAGCAGCGGCAGCGGCAGCGGCAGCACAAAGGCAUAUGACGAGGAGCACGAGCGGUGGGUGUUGCGGCAGUCGGAGGCGUUUCGGCGGCUGCACGAGCAGCAGCAGCAGUACCAGGCGACGCUGGAGCAGAUGCAGCAGUACGUGCAGGGCAACCCCGAGGACCUGCAGCUGCUGCAGCAAAUGAAGAUGCUGCCCUCGCUGCUGGCGCAGUCGCAGCACGACACGCAGCAGCUGCUGCAGAGACAGACCAGGCACGUGAUGCUGCAGCAGCAGCAGCAGGGGCAGAAGCAGCAGCCGUUGUUGCAGCAACCGAUGCAGCUGCCGUUGCAGCAGCCGUUGCAGCUGCCGUUACAGCAGCAGCUGUUCCAGCAGCAGCAGCAGCAGCAGCAGGCGCAGCAGCAAACAAAUCAGCAGCAAAGCAGCUCUCAGAAUGCGUCCCAGAACCCCAAGCGCAUAUCGGACGAGGAGUUGCAGAAGCACCUGGCGGAAAUCAUGCAGCAGAAGCGAGCCAUGGAGCAGCACAUGAACCCGCACCAGCUGCACCUGGUCGAGUCCAUCAACUCCCUCCACACCGCUGCUGCUGCUGGCUCGGAGAACCCGCAGCAGCUGCAGCAGAAGCUCGAGAAGUACCACCUGCAGCAGCAGCAGCAGUCGCUGCAGUCGCUGCAGCAGCAGCAGUCGGUUCAGCAGCAGCAGCAGUUGCUGCAGCAGCAGCAGUCGCUGCAGCAGCAGCUGCUGCUCCAGCAGCAGCAGCACCAGCAGCAGCAGAGCCUGGCGCACUCGUCGCGGCGGCGUCGGCGGCGACAGCAGGUGGUGCAACAGAGGGAGCAGGAGCAGAAGGAGCAGGCGGAUCGGGAGGCGCAGCAGCACGUGAAGAGCCAGCUGGACCGCGCGAUGGUGGUGCUGCAGCAGCAGCAGGAACAGCUGCACUUCGUGCUGCAGCAGAUGCUCAUCCGACACCAGGAGGCCGCUGCUGCUGCUGGGAAGGAUGGUGCUGGUGAUGAGGCUGCUGCUGCUGAUGAUGAUUCAGCAGGGAAGGGCGAGGCUGAUAGUGUGGCAGGGAAGGAUGCUACUGCUGCUGGCAGUGCAGCAGAAAACACGGAUACUGAUGGUGCAGCAACAGCAGCAGCAGCAACAGCAACAGGAGCAACAGCAGCAACAGCAACAGCAACAGGAGCAGCAGCAGCAGCAGCAACAGCAACAGGAGCAGCAGCAGCAGCAGCAACAGCAACAGCAACAGGAGCAGCAGCAGCAGCAGCAACAGCAACAGGAGCAGCAGCAGCAGGUGGGGGAGGAGGGGAGCCGUCUGGCGCACAGGCAGCAGGGUCCGGAGAAGGGAGGAGAUCAGAAGCUGGAGCAGCGAGCACAGCAGGCAAGUCAGCAGGCAGCGGCCUCUCGCGUGCUGGUGGGAAUGUGGCCCCCCUUGCUGUCAGCACUAGUGUGGGUGAGGCGGGCUCUGGGGCACAGGGGGCACAGGGGGCACCUGGUGCCGAGGCCCCGCAGGGAACGUCUAGUGCAGAUUGCACGUUGGGACUAGGAGCAGGCGCAGGAGAAGAGGCGGGAGUAGAAGCGAACGCUGCAGGACGAGGAGCAAAAGCAGUAGCAGUGGCAUCAGGUGCUGUUGAGGGUGCAUCGGGAUCACAUCUUUCAGCGGUCGCCUCUCCUGGCCCCACCUCCCCUCCCUCAUCCACUUCCUCCCAUGGCCCUACUUUCCUUCCCACAUCCGAUUCCGAUUCCUCUCAUCCUCCCACCGCUGCCCACACUCACAUCAUCGCCCCCACUCACACCAACGCCCCCACUCACACCAACGCCUCGUCCCCACAAGCCGCGGACAAGCACACAGAGCACAAACACGACACCCUCCAGUCGGCUUCAGAGGCUGAUCCCGGCGGCUCAGCGCCAGCGGAGUCCGCGGUGGGGACCAGCAAGGAGGAGACGGUUCUUGAUAACAGUGAAUCAUCUGCUCGCCUUCCCGGGCAUACGGCACCCUGCCAGGUGCCUCAGGAGACUCCUUGUGCCCCUGCCCCUGCCCCUGCCCCUGCCCCUGCCGAGGCACCUGAUUCUGUCCGUGUCUCCGCCCCUGCCCCUGCCUCUGCGUCUGCCCCUAGUGCUGGCGCUGGUGUGGGCUCCGCUGGGUCAGACACCCUCCAGCAGCAGUCAGGGCUGGAGGCAGUUGAGUGCGAGGCAAGAGAGGGUGGUGAGCGGGUGGAGGCAGCUGAAGCGGCACCAGGCGCGCAGGCAGGAGAUGCACCGAGUGCCACGUCAGCAGAGCCAGCAAGUGCCAGCUCAGAAAAGCCAGCGAGUUCCAGCUCAACAAAGCCAUCAGGUGCCAGCUCAGUGGAGGUGCUGAAUGCCACAUCAGCGGAGCCAGAUAGUGCCACGUCAGCGCAGGCAGCAGCGCGUAACUCGACUGCUUUCUCCAUGGCGCUGCAGAACGUAUUCGCCGGGGCCAUGCUCAAAUCCAUCGCCAACACCACAGGUCUGUUCGGGGGAGUGAACGUGAACCCCAUGAUGCUGUCAACCAUGUCGGACCUGGUGUUUCAGGACAAGUUUGCAGGGGGUCAGGCGAGUCAGCUCAGGCAGGUGAUGAGGCGCCAGCUGGGGGUGGCGGAGGAGGAGGGGUGCGAUGGGGCUGCUGCUAUGGGUGCUGCUGGGGGCGAUGGGGCUGCUGCUAUGGGUGCUGCUGGGGGCGAUGGGGCUGCUGCUAUGGGUGCUGCUGGGGGCGAUGGGGCUGCGGUUAUGGGUGCUGCUGGGGGCGAUGGGGCUGCUGCUAUGGGUGCUGCUGGGAGUGAUGGGGCUGCUGCUGCAAGUGCUGCUGGGGGCGAUGGGGCUGCUGCUACAAGUGGUAAUGGUGAUGGUGGUGGUGGUGCUUGUGGUGAUGGUGGUGCUGGUGGUGCUGCUUCUGCUGGUGCUGCUGCUGCUGGUGCUGCUGCUGCUGCUGCCGUUGGGGAAGUACCUGGGGAAGAGGGGGGUACAGCAAUUGUGCAAGGUGAGGGGGAGAGGGUGGGCCAGAUAGUGGGAGAGGAAGAGGGGAGGCAUGGGGGUCAAUCCUGCCUCAGUGGCGAUGGCAGCAGCAGCAGCAGCAACAUCACUUGUCUUUCCAAGCCUGAGAUUUCCCCGGCCCUGACGAAUGAGUCUGAGUGUGAUUCAAACGAGGGACAGCAGCAGCAGCAGCUAGCAACAGUCACCUCUGACCAGUCCAGCCCCGCUAAUCCCUCUCACUCUGCACCUUCUCCUUCUGCCUCCUCUUCUCCCGCUCCCUCCCUCUCUGCCGCUGCGCUUGACCCCCCUCGCUCCGCCCUCGCCUCCAUGUUUCCGCUCUCUCUCCCUGGCUUCCUGCCCUCGCCUGCUGUUCGCAUCUAUGCCACUACCAGCGCCGCCCCUACUAGCACAGCCACUGCUGCCACUACCGCUGCUGUAUCCUCCACCUCUGCUUCAGCCGACUUUACUGUCGUAGGUACCACCAACGCCACUGCUGCCCCCACUCCCACCAACGCCACUGCCACCCCCACUACCCAAGCCAAACCCGAUCAAUCCACCACCACCACCACCGCCACCACUCCCAGCAACAACCCUAGCAGCGCUGCUGCCACAACUCCUCCUCCCAUACCCCGUACCUCUCCCUCCCCUUCCCCUCCCAUGCCGUCCAUACCCACCCUCAAUUCCUCUGGCAAGUCAAAGCAGAAGGCUCUGGGAAACCUCACUGCUUGCAGCAAUGCUCCUGGCUCUGCUGCAGCUGAUGCCCAAGGGAGAGGUGCUCCUGCUACAACCCCUGCUGCCUCCACCUCUGCUACAACCCCUGCCGCCUCCACCCCUGCCACAACCCCCUCGUCCUGCCCUCCUGCCACGACCCCCGGGGCUGAGUUGGGGGCUGGUCUGAGGCUAGGUGUGGGUGAUGUGGCAGCAGGUUCGGGGAGCGCGGGAGCAGGGUCGCACAACAAGCUAAGAACCCAAGCCGGGGACGCUGUUAUUACUCUUCAGUCGUUGCCCGCUGCAGCAGGGGCAGCGGUGGCAGCUACGACUGCUGGGAUCGCCACUGCAGCUGGUGGUGCUGCUGCUGCUGCUGCGGAUGCAGAUGCAAGUGCAUUAGCUGCAAAGGCUGCAACAGCAGGGAACCUUACCAGCCUCACUUCUCUCCCCAUUUCGACUUCAGCACCCUUCUCGUUCUCCUCCCCUGCUUACCCCCACGCCCAUCCCCCACCAUACUCCCAUCCCCAACCUCACCCUCCUACCACGUCCCAAGCCUCGCUUACCUCCCAAGCCACCUGGCCCGGCUCGGUUAGUUCCGCCCCACCCACCGUGUUCCCGGAACUGCUUGUGCAGCCAGGCUCGGCAGGCGGGGAAGGUGCGGGGGUUGGACGAGUGGGAGGAGCAGCAGGAGGGGCAGGAGUGGGAGGAGGGGGGGGGAUUGAGGUAGGGGGAGUGAGGGGAAGGAGAAGGCGGGUGGUAGUGGGGCAAAGGAGACGGGGAGAGACGGGGAGUGGGGAAGAAAUAGGGGGCGCAGGCGGGGGAGUAGGGGGGGCAGUGGGAGCAGUGAAAGCAGGAGCAGCAGGGGCGGCAGGGGCGGCGGGAGGGGGAGAGGGAGGGGAGAGGCAUGGCUCAACAGCCACAGGAACAGGUGUGCUAAGCUCUGUUGUCGGUGGGGUGGUGGCAGCCCCAGGCGUGGGCCCCACCAUGGGUUAUGCUGAUGCCAGUACGGGUGCCAGUGGUGCUUGUGCUUCCACUGCUGCUGCUGCCACGGCAGGCAGAGCCGUGGCGGGUGGUCCCAAAUUGGGCUCUGUAAUACCUGGAUGUGUUUUAGCUGCUUCUUCUGUUGCAUCUGGGUCACUGGGAGCAGCGGCCGGCAUGGGGAAUCCGCCUGUUCUGUUGAAUUCACCUGCUCUGUUGAAUUCUCCUGGCGUUUUGGUGCCGUUUGACCCGCCUCAGCCGCAGCAGGGCGGGUCUGGUGGUUUGAUCGGUGCACCAUCUCAAGCAGGCAGGGGGGCAACAGAGGGAGCAAUCCCUUCAGGGUUCAACAGCGGAACAGCCAGUCUAACGAGCAGUCUAAGCAGUGGUGUAGCGAGUUUUGAGAAGUCUAAAACAUCUCUCACGAGGGGUCCGGCAAGCAGUGUGGCGAGCGGGACCCCUAGUAGCAUGUCAGCCAUUCUUUCCGAGAAGGUACCUGGCAGUUUGGCCGCAGCGGCAGCGGCAGCGACAGCGGCAGUGGUGGCGGGGGGAGCGAGGGCGGAGGAGAGCGUGGAGGGGGUGAUGGAGCGGUUGGAGCAGCUGCACGCCACGCACGGGGCGGUGCUGAAGCAGUGCGUGCACCUGGAGAGGCGUGUUGAGGAGCUCGAGGGACAGGUGGACGAUCGGAGGGAGCAGCACACGGCGUGGCUGGAGGCAAGGGUGAGGGAGCUGGAGGCGGCUGUUGAUGACAGCAAGCACUGGGCGCAGCAGCGGGUGAUGCAAGUGGCGCAGAAGCUGGUGCGCGAGUCCAAGGAGCUGCGGCAACUUCGAGUGGAGCGCGAGGAGUGGGUACGCUGCAGGCGGGAGCUGGAGAGCAAGGAGGAGAGCGCGGGGCGGCAGCUGGGCGAGAUGGAGGCGGCGCUCAGGAAGGCGUCGGGGCAGGUGGACCGCGCCAAUGCUGCUGUGUGCCGCUUGGAGGCAGAGAACGCUGAGUUGCGGGCAGAGCUGCAGGCGGCGGGGCUGAGGGUGAGCGAGGCGAGCAGCAAGCUGGUGGAGGCAGGCAAGCGGGAGGGCAAGGUGCUCAAGCGGGUGCAGGCGAUCGAACGCGUCAAGGCCAAGCUGCAGGAGGAGCUAGCGGACGAGCGGCGGAAGCUGGCAACAGCCCUGUCAGACCUCGACCUGACUCAGCGCCGGCAGCAGCAGGCGGAGCAGCGGUGGCGGCAGGAGGAGAAGGCGCGGGAGGAGGCCACACAGCGCGCCGACGCGGAGUGCCGAGGGAGGGAGCAGGCGGAAACAGCAUUCAAGCAGCGCGAGGAGGCGCUGCGGGCCAAGGGCGAAGCGGAUGUGAAGCGGGUGAGGGGCGAUGUGGCGCGGCUGGAGCGGGAGGUGGUGCAGCUGCGGAUCAUGGCGGGCGCGAGCCUGGGAGGAGGGGGAGGGUUGCUGGGGAGCGGCUCUGGUGCUGGUGGUGGCGGUGGUGGUAGCAGUGGCGGGAGCGGUGGCGCUGGCAGUGGUGGCAGCAGUGGAAGCAGCAGCAGUGUGGCGGCGAGUGUGGUGGCAGCAGCCAGUGCACAGGCGCUGAGGGGUGCCAGUGCCCGCCUCCUCUUUGACAUGCCGGGGGGAAAUCCUCCUGCCGGUACUGCUGCCGCUAGCGCAACUGGCAAUGCUGCUGCUGCCACUGCUGGUGCUAUUGCUGCUGCUUCUGGUGCUGCUGCUGGUGGUGCCAGUGGUGGGCAGAGGCCCAUGGGGGUGUAUGGUGCUGGGACAGGGGUGAUACCUCUAAAUGGGAUUCACUUUGGAGGAGGGGGAGGAGGAGGAGGGGGGGCAGUGAAAGGUGUGAGGCACGGGAUGGUAGCAGGCCAUGGAGGGGGGCGAAACCACGGUGUGAUUGGGGGAGCAAGGGGGGGAGGAGGAGGGGGGGGAGGAGGCGGAGGCGGAGGCGGAUUUGUCAGUGGCAGUCCUGCUGGUAACCCUGCUGCUGCUUGCAUUCCCACAGCGGGGCAUGGAUCUCUGUUGCCCCACAUUGGCCUGGGAGGCCUAGUGCUGGGAGGAGGGGUGAGGAGGGAGAGGGAGUGUGUGAUGUGCAUGAGUGAGGAGGUGGAGGUGGUGUUCCUGCCGUGCGCGCACCAGAUCGUGUGUCAGGCGUGCAACGAUGCGCUGCUCGCCCGAGACAUGAGGGACUGCCCCACGUGCCGCUCGCCCAUCGCCCAGCGCAUCCGUGUGUUCGGCCCUCAGUAAUGCGGGUGGCGCCACUUCAACAGCCUCUGGUCUGGUGCUUCUCCUCGCAACUAUCUGAUCUGAUCUCCUGUUUCAUCUGAGCAUAUUUGCUUGGUUACACUGGUCGCUGGUGGGCAUGUGUGUGUUGGCCGAUUCUCUGCCUGGCAUGCCUCACAGUGCAGCAGCUCAGGGCAGGGUUGGACUGGUUACGGGAGAAAUCCCUCGCAUGAGCCAUUGGCAAGGCGACGGUUGGUGUGACUCGAGGGGUGUGCCCUAUGGUGUGCCCUAUGGUGUGCCCUUUGGUGUGCCCUUUGGAUGAGCCCAUUGGUCGGUUGGAUUUUCUUACCAUACCUCUGCAUCCUUGUGGUACUGCUACUGCUUCUAAUAACGUUCUGUGGCACGUCUUGAGGAUGCUUGAACUUAUGAGAGGCCUACAAGCAUCAUGGGGUGGAAAUCCCCGUUGUCAUCUCGAUGGCUCUCUAUUGUAACACAUCCUGUACACCGC